UAUUAAAUAAGGAACACUAGCGUACGUAAGAGAUACACUCGAAAUACAAAAUGCCAGAAAAUGAAUCUAAAUCGGCUCUUGAUGCCAUUUAUACAUCUGAAAAAAUGGGUAACGAUGAAAGUGGAAGUGGAACUGAAUCUAAGCCUUUUAAAACAAUACUACAAGCUAUGAGACAUGCGGGUCAAGAGCCAUUUCCUGAAAUUUAUCAAGAUUCAAAAGAAGAUGAAAAAGUUUACGAGCUUGCUUCUAAGUCACAACUUAAAAAAAUUCACAAAAUUUGGAUUAGAGAAAAAUAUAAUAACAGAGAAAAGCAAAAAAAGCUACAAGAAGAUGAAGAAAAAAGAGUUAAAAAUUUAGAAGAAUCGAAAUCUAUUAUUAUUGAAGAAGACAAAAAUUUACCUGCUGCAAUUCUUAUUAAAAUUAAUAAAAUUCAAAACUACAAAGAACAAAGAAUAAGAAUAUUUGGUUGGGUACACAGAUUAAGACGUCAAGGAAAAUCAUUGAUAUUCGUAACAUUAAGAGAUGGUACAGGAUUCCUUCAAUGUAUAUUGAAUGAUAAAUUAUGUCAAACGUAUGACGCUCUUGUACUUAAUACAGAAGCUUCUAUCGAAUUGUUUGGAAUACUCAAACCUGUUCCAGAAGGAAAAACAGCUCCAGGUGGACUAGAGUUAAUAGUGGAUUAUUGGAAACUUAUUGGAAAUUCACCUCCUGGUGGAGCUGAUUCAAUUUUAAAUGAAGAAGCUCAUCCAGAUGUGCAACUUGAUAACCGACACAUAAUGAUUCGAGGUGAAAAUACUUCUCGUAUUUUGAUUAUGAGAUCAAUAUUAACCCAAGCAUUUAGGGAUCAUUACAAAGAUAGAGGAUAUUGUGAAAUAACGCCUCCAACUCUUGUACAAACUCAAGUUGAAGGAGGUUCAACUCUAUUCAAACUUAAUUAUUUUGGAGAGGAAGCAUAUUUAACACAAAGCUCUCAACUUUAUCUUGAAACUUGUAUACCUGCGAUGGGUGAUGUAUAUUGUAUAGCUCAAUCUUAUAGAGCAGAGCAGUCGAGAACUAGAAGGCAUCUUGCAGAAUACACACAUAUUGAGGCAGAAUGUCCAUUUAUCACUUUUGAUGAUUUACUUGACAGACUUGAAGAUCUAAUUUGCGACGUUGUAGAUAAAGUUUUAAAAUCACCAAUGGGAACUCUCGUUCAAGAAUUAAAUCCUAAUUUUCAAAUUCCAAAGCGACCAUUCAGAAGAAUGGAUUAUACACAGGCUAUUGAAUAUUUAAAGGAAAAUAACAUUACUAAAGAUGAUGGAAGUUUUUAUGAAUUUGGAGAGGAUAUACCUGAAAUGCCAGAAAGGAAAAUGACAGACAAGAUUAAUGAACCAAUAAUGCUAUGUCGUUUUCCGGCAGAAAUUAAGUCUUUUUACAUGCAACGUUGUCCCGAAGAUAAUCGGUUAACAGAAUCUGUUGAUGUUUUACUUCCAAAUGUUGGUGAAAUUGUAGGAGGAUCAAUGCGUAUUUGGGAUCAUGAAGCUUUAUUAGAAGGUUAUAAAGGCGCAAAUAUAGAUCCAACUCCAUAUUAUUGGUAUACAGAUCAGAGAAAAUAUGGAACAUGCCCUCAUGGAGGUUACGGUCUUGGCUUAGAAAGAUUUAUUUGUUGGCUUUUAAACAGAUAUCAUAUCAGAGAAGUUUGUCUGUAUCCUCGCUUUUUGGAACGCUGUCGUCCAUAAAUUAAAAAUUUUAAACAAAAUAUAUGCUUCCAGCAACCUUUAUUUUAAU